GCUGCGUAUCGAGGCAACACAGUCGGACUGCCGCGCUUUUGUCCUGUUGACAAUGUGGACAAGAUUGACAAGACGGUGCUGCACAGCUACCUGCGUAACUACUUCUGUCCUGAGCGGAUGGUGCUGGCUGGGGUCGGCAUCGAGCACGAGCAGCUGGUUGAAUGUGCCAGGAAGUACCUGCUGGACGUGAAGCCAGUGUGGGGAACGGGCGCAGUAGCCAACGUGGACCUCUCUGUCGCACAGUACACGGGUGGCAUCGUAAAGAUGGAGAAGGAUAUGUCGGAUGUGAGCCUUGGCCCCACCCCGAUCCCA